GGAAAGCACGCGAACAGAUGUCAAUUUAUCAUAUGAAAGCCUAAGUCCAAGAGGAAAGGAUGGCUGAACGUAAUCUUACCAAGGGAGUUUUGGGAAGGCGAGUCGAAAGCUUGGCUUCAUGUUCGAAUGUUAUGGAAAAGUCCAAUAAUAAAUGAAAACUCCAUCCACCGCCAGACAGUAUUUCUCGUAAAAAUGCCUGGAUCCGACAUGGAAAUGGACGCAGAUGGUAUAGAAAUGUCUGAUAAAGAACAAGUAUCCAUCAGUUUGAAGAAAACCGAAACAGAUAGUCGGAAGCUCUUGGGAUUUGCGGAUUUCUCUUACGAGUAUUGGAAAAAUAGUAGUGAACAAGCUUUGAUAGAGAACCGACUGGUAAACUUAACAGUUUCGCAAAGAUCUUGGUCUGCAGAACUGGAGAAGCAUCUGAGUGUGAAGAAGUCUAAGUUCGUGGUUUCGCUAAGAAAAAGUAUCAUGUCACCAAAAACUGAAGAAAAUUUGCAUUACGUUGGUUGGUGGAAUGAAAAAGCAAGCGAGAAUUUCGCAUCCGAAGAAUCCGAAGUGAAAUUGUCUGUUGAUCUUGAGACUCAGAUGAUCAGUAGCAACGAUUUAGUCGCCAAAUACCGAACUGUGGAGGCUAAAGAUGUCGAAAACUUACUGAAUCAACUUAUAGUGACAAAAAUAAUACUCAGCUAUCCUUUGUACCAGAACAAAGAGGCCGUUACAUUUGAUGGAUAUUACAUUCUUUCAGGAGGAGCGGAUGUUUUCAGAUUCCAGGAGAGCUCUGUGCUAAGAAGCAAUUACAAUGAUUUGGAGAUGAUAUCUCAUUCUUUUUAUAAGUCAGAUUCAGAAAUGAAAGAUUUAGACCAUAUCUCCGAGUUUAUCCAUCUAGAAACCCAGAAGAAAGCAUUCCAUACGAUAGAGUACAAGACUCUCCACCCUCCUGGGCAAUGCACCAAAUCAUAUUUGAGGCACUACAUCAGAUCCCCUGCUUUCGAUCUGACAUCUCGAGUUGACCGAUGGUGCCAUUCUGAAGAUCCGCAACUGUAUACACUUACUUUAAAUAUCACAACUCAUUCUGCUUGUUGGGACUUACUUAGGUCAAAAACAGAUCAAUUCAUUCAAGAUAUUAGAACCGAUUAUGCAUACGAAGAAUGUCAUUAUGAAAACAAACUAGCGACUAUAGAUGUCAGAGCCGAGUGGUUCGGAGAGAAAAAUGUUGAUCAUAAUAAAACAGCUAUGUUUUGUAGUAAGAAGAGCAGAGAGUGUGCUAAACUUUAUUUGGAGACAAAACAUUACGGUUCUUCAUCACUGGAUCUAUCUAUACCGGCAGAAAACCAACCGUUAUUAUCUUUCAAAAAGAAGAUGUCAGCCGACUAUCCGAACAUUGAUGUUCAAGUUCAAUACAGGGAUUCUGAGGACGAAAUGGAUGUUUUACGAGUACUAGCAGACACAUCAAAUGUGAACAAUCCUGUUUGGACAGGAAUGUUCGACACUUUGGCAUUUCAAAAAGUCAAGAACAUCUUUACGCCAGUAUGGAGCAACGCUACCGAUGCGAUUAAAAGAAUAUCCCAACAAACGAAUCAUCCACUGAACAUCAUGCUUAAGCCUGUCCUAAAGAAGUCUUUGUACAAGUUGUGGAAAGAUCUAAACAAAAAGAGGACUGAGCUAGAGAAAGAAGUUUGGAUCGAUCUGGAUGCCGCGAUGAAGAGCAUCCAGCCGUUUUAUAGCUCUCUUCAGACAGUGGCAUCAAAUAGCCUCACGGUUAUGAGGCACUCCAUUUGGAAAGCGUACAAUACUCUCAGAGAAGAGUCAGUUAUUGUGUGGUCUUUGGAUUAUUUUGAUGUGCCUUACUACCUACAAAGAAGUUUUGGAAUGAUACCUUAUGAAAUAAAAAAUUUUGCUACGAAAAUUUUCAUGAAGGACCAACGAUUCAUUCAGUUUCAGUUUACCACAGCCGAAGCCUUGAAAUUAGCUUCAUUUAAAGAGUGGCGAUUAAUGUCAUCAGAAUACAUCAAAAAAUAUCUUCCAAUGUUUCGCCGAAAAGAAAACGCAGAAGCCCACUACCGUCCGUCAACAUCAGCCAAAGUUGGAAUGAUCUUCGGUCCGAACCACGUCUAUACUUUUGACGGACACCUAUACAGCAUCCCUCCGUAUCCCAACUCGGAUUGCGUUCUGCUGCUGUCGCACGAUCUUCACUCAUCGCAGUUCACAAUCCUGUCUACUCAAGAAUCCCUUCAUGUUUUAUUUCCCGAGAUGUCAGUAACAAUCAACAGUAAUAAUGAAGUUUUCAUUAAUGGAAAUGAUGUACCGACUAUUACUCCAAUUCAAGCGGAUAACGGAAAAGUCGUCAUUACAAGAGGAAGCAACUUACAUGUUUGGUCGCCUUCUCUCCAAGUUACUUGCAGAAGCGAAGAUUUCCUUUGUAUAUUUGAGUUGAAUUCGUGGCACACCGGUGGAACCUUUGGUUUGUUGGGAGAUGCUGAUGGAAUUUCAACGAAUGACUAUAAACUGCCAAACGGCAAAAGAGGAAACCUUCCGGAUUUUGUUAGCAGUUAUGAUGUCACUGGGAACCCAAUGUGCAAAGAAUUCACUACAGUUACCACUCCGAAACCCUCCGAUGAAGAUAAGGAAGUGUGCUCGGAGCUCUUCCGAGAUAUCUGCCCAGAUAAGAAAGAAAUAAAGAAAUUACUGCGCGAUGUUUGUGUGGAUGAUGUAGCCAUGGGAACCGAUGCCUGCUACUCGGCAUCUGGGCUUUCUGCUCUCUGUUACUACAAGAAUAUCGAUACGACCACUGGCUGUCACGGAAAGAAACAAGAAAGCCAAAUCAUCGGACAAAAAUUAGAGGUAGUGCUGAUGGUACAAGAGCAUAAAUCUAUGAUGGCAUCCAACAAGAACAAAAUUUUGAAAGGUUUAGAAAACUUGUGUUUCAGCAUUGAUAAGCAAUUUAAAGACAAUGGCUACUCUACUGUUUUAUUCAGUUUGGUAGGAUUUGGUGGACAAGACACUCAUUAUCCAGCUACAGUGCACUCCACAAAAGGAGGCAUGUGGCAUGAAAUUUCAGAAGUAAAUGACUUGAUAAAAAGCUUGGAAUUCAAAGGAAAAACGGAAGCAGACAACAUUGAAGCACUUAAGUUCGUUAGUGAAGUUUUGGGAUAUGACGCAUUCCAUUCCAAAGUUUUCGUUGCUGUUACUGUGGAUGAUAACCCGGUUCAGAACAAAAAGCAAACUGAUGAAGUAAGGAACUUCUUAGAAUCUAAUGGGAUCACUUUGUAUACGAUUUCUUCUUAUGCAGCAGUUGCCAAGAAACAGAAAGUGUUCGGAGUGAGAGCUGACGGGCUUAUAUUUCCUUCGCACAAAACUGGAGAGGCUUAUUUGGACUACCCCAAAGGAGCUCUUGCUAAGCUGACAUCCGCUACAAGGGGCUCAGUGUUCUUGGCGAAGUUUUUACUAGAAAACGAACCAGGUGCAUAUUUUAAGGAGAUAGCGACGGAAAUGUGGGCAAAAAUCCACAAAGAAGCACAAAGCUGCAAGACGUGUAAAAGCGUUCGAAGUGGUUGGUGGUGGAAUGUGAAUCAAUGCAGCAUAGUUCAAUGCUGAUUUUGUAGGGACAUCCUUUCAAAUACUGCAGUGCUGACAGAUCUUAAUCCCUUUUGGAAACAUAAUGCUUUAAAUCUGAAGUUGUCGAAGCAUUUAUAUGCAAGCAUUGCACAAAUAUUAGGAGGUGUAUUUUUGUAAUAUUUUUGUGGAAGUCUUUUUGAAUUAACAUAUUUUUCCAUACCAUUGCUUACUUGGAAAUAAGUGAGUUUUCGGUAAGGGGGUUUUGAAUGAUUUCAUAAUUGUAGCACUGACUGUAAAGAUUUUUUUUUUUUUUGUCUUUUUACUUGACG